UUCAGUCAGUGACCAUGCCUGAGACAGUGAAAGCACCCAAGAAGGGCUCCAAGAAAGCCGUCUCUAAGGCCACCAAGAGCGGCAAGAAGAGGAGGAGGACCAGGAAGGAGAGCUAUGCCAUCUACGUGUACAAGGUUCUGAAGCAGGUUCACCCCGACACCGGGAUCUCCUCUAAGGCCAUGGGCAUCAUGAACUCGUUCGUGAGCGACAUCUUUGAGCGCAUCGCCGGUGAGGCCUCUCGUCUGGCUCACUACAACAAGCGCUCCACCAUCACCUCCAGGGAGAUCCAGACCGCAGUCCGCCUGCUGCUGCCCGGAGAGCUGGCCAAGCACGCCGUGUCUGAGGGCACCAAGGCUGUGACCAAGUACACCAGCUCCAAGUAAACAGCUCUGCUGUUUAAUCAAUCAAAGGCCCUUUUCAGGGCCACACACCUCAAACUACAGCGUUCUUAUUCCGAAAUCGAAUUUGGUGUUGAAUAUGUAAACCAAUGAGGCAAAUAAAAAUAUCCUGGAGGCUAUAAAAUUCCAA